CAGAGCCAGCAUAAAGGUCCCAAAUAUGAAGCACUACCUGCUUUACCCAAGCUCAGUUCUUAUGGUGAGUGGCUGUGACUUAAGUGAUGUAUAUUUUAUAUUAUAAGGAAACCUUUUUUUACUUACUAGACCACUGGAGAACUAAUUUUUGUUUAAAGGCUGGUGGGUAGGGUUUAAGCCUGUCUGUAGGACUAUUGUUUAAAGGCUGGCAGGUAGGGUUUAGGCCUGUCUGUAGGACUAUUGUUAAAAGGCUGGCAGGUAGGGUUUAGGCCUGUCUGUAGGAUUAUUGUUUAAAGGCUGGCAUAUGUUAUAGUAAAUGAGAAGUUAACUAUAUUUUUAUAACACUUGGACAUACCAGGUAUUUUCUCAAAAGGCCUGAACCCGAUGUUAAUAAAGUGCACCCGGUUAAACCCUAGUACAAAUGUAAGCAGCUUUUGCAAAUAUUUUAAUAUUGACAUUUCCAAUGGGUUUUUUUCUUCAAUGUAAAAAAAAAAACAGAGCCCCUCAAGCUCCACGAGAAAUCAGCUUUACAUGACCUUCAACUUGGCACUAACAUUGACCUUAAUGAGGACCCACACAGAGACCAAUGCACAACAAAUGCAGUCAGCCAUCCUGUUGACAAUGCCAUUUCUACCAUCAAUGGGGUUGGAGUGGAAGGGGAGGGUCAGCUGCCUGCUAAUGAACUCAGCCAUCCUGAUGAUGGGAAUGCUGCAACGGAUGAUGGCCGUCCCCGAGUUAGUAAAAGCCUUCAAAAAAAUUCUUCCAUGCAUCAAAAUUCUCAGAAACUGUCAUCAAGUCAUGG